AUGGCUGGACUUGGCCAGACAUGCUUGGAGCAAGCCAUGCCCUGGUGGCACAGCCGGCAUCUCAGAGAUUCCCCUUGUGGGAACCAGUUCGAGCAGCCGGCGUGGCAGGUGGCGCUCUGGUCGGUGGCCUACUCGCUCAUCGUGGUGGUCUCGGUGGUGGGCAACGCGGUGGUGAUGUGGAUCAUCCUGGCCCACAAGCGGAUGCGCACCGUCACCAACUAUUUCCUGGUCAACCUGGCCUUCGCCGAAGCCUCCAUGGCCGCCUUCAACACCCUCAUCAACUUCACCUACGCCGUCCACAACGUCUGGUACUACGGCCUCCUCUACUGCCGCUUCCAAAACUUCUUCCCCGUCGCCGCCGUCUUCGCCAGCAUCUACUCCAUGAUGGCCAUCGCCGUGGACCGAUACAUGGCCAUUAUCCAUCCAAUGCAACCACGGUUAUCAGCCACAGCCACCAGAUUUGUCAUCUGUGUCAUAUGGUUACUGGCUUUGUUGUUAUCGUUCCCACAAGGCUACUAUGCAAGAACCUUAGACCUGCCUGGCCGGGUGGUGUGUCUAGUGGAAUGGCCAGAAAAUCAGACCCAGGUCUAUGAAUUAACGUACCACUUCUCUGUGACUGUGCUAAGCUACGUCUUACCCCUGAUAGUGAUAGGCUAUGCCUACACUAUGGUUGGCAUUACGCUAUGGGCUAGUGAGAUACCAGGGGAUUCUUCGGACCGCUACCAUGAACAGGAGUCUGCCAAGCGCAAGGUGGUGAAGAUGAUGAUCGUUGUGGUGUGCACCUUUGCCAUCUGCUGGCUGCCCUUCCAUAUCUACUUCCUCCUGCAGUAUAUUAAUAGCGACUGGUAUGAGCAGAGGUAUAUUCAGCAGAUCUACUUGGGAAUCUUAUGGCUGGCCAUGAGCUCUACCAUGUACAACCCAAUUAUUUAUUGUUGUCUCAAUGAGAGGUUCCGGAUUGGGUUCAAGCAUGCUUUCCGGUGGUGCCCUUUCAUCAAUGCCAGCAAGUAUGAAGGGCUGGAAAUGAAGUCAGCCCGGUACCUCCAGACCCAGAGCAGCAUGUACAAGGUCAGCCGGAUGGAAACAACAGUCUCUUCUGUCAUCGGCAACCCAGAGGAAGAACUUGAGGAAAGCAGCAAAAUGAAGCGUCUCUCUGUAGAUCUGACAUCCAACGGCUCUUCCCGCAGUGACUCUAAGACAGUGUCGGAGAGCUUGAGCUUCUAUUCCAACACACUUUCCUGAGCAGCCCGUCCAUCCAAGCAAAGGCCACCCAAAAAUGUGUUUCAGUCACAAGUGUGACUUUGACUUCCAAUUCCCUCAUGAAAACUCUGUUAUUUGUAAAGGGGAAAAAAGAAACGGCCACAUCCUUUCCAGCACUGAUCGUGAGUGGAGCUCACCUUCCUUUGUGGUAUCUGCUGUAAUGUUCUGUCUGGUGACUCAAAUAAUGGUCUUCGUUAACGAGUGGGUUCUUGUUUAUGGAUCCUGUGUUGUGGUGCAUUUGUAUAGUGCCCUCCUCCCUCGUUCUGAAGUUCUCCUGGCUAAUCACCAAAUAUAAUCACUGUGGCUUUAUUUUAUCCACCCCCUGCAGCACGUCAUCUCUCUGCAUCUGUCGGAAUCAUCCCUCUCUUCCAGUUUCCAGAGACAUAGCAGCUAAUGAGGAAGAUGCAGACACGACUGAUAAACCUUUUACGCUAAAAAUUAGGGGUGGAAAUUAACAUUAUGUAUCUCGUUUUGGAACAGCCUGAGCUUCCAAAACCUGUUUUUUGCAAGAAGUUGAAGCAUAUCCAAAAUCUGAAACUCAGAACUCAAAAUCCAGAUUAGGACAUUUUUUAAUACGCAUACAAAAUUUUGAAUACCCUGGGUCAUUUUUUACCCUGAUCGGCUCCUUCCCUCUGGGUAUAUCCAGAUUUCCAAGAUUAUUCUAAUCACCUGUACUUACUCUUCCAUGCAGCAACUCUACUUAAGGAAACACCUCAGCUCCUUGCAUCAAUUUGUGCCUACAUGUCCUCUGAAUGAAGGGAAUUCCUUUGAGAAUUCCAAAGGAUGCCCUGGAAACCAGCCAUGUUUAGGGUGCAUGUGCUUAGGGAAAUGGCAUGAGUUCUGUAUGAAGAAAGGGAGGGAUACCACAUUAGUGGGAAGCCUGGGAAAUAUUGCAUGCAGGAAGCUAAUAUUAGGAGGGUUCAGCCUAGCCUUCUCAUUGACCUGCUGUUUUUCUUAUGUGCAGGUAUGCAUACAUGCACUUACACACCCAAUGCAUCAACAGAGGCAGUCCAAGAAGAACUUUAACAUUUGGUUCUACAAAUUGUCCAAAGUGGCCGUGAUGUUGUUGAAGGCUUUCACGGCUGGAGUUCAUUAGUA